AUGCUCAAAGGGCUGGGAGUCCCCAGUACAGCACGAUGCUGGGCGCCCGGAGACUUUCCCACGGCUCCGGGGCGCCCCCUCGCGGCGGUCACCCGCAGCGCAGGGAGCGCGUGGCGCGCGGGGGGCGGAGGGGGGGUGGGGAACCUCACCCGAGGGUCGCGCGUGUGCCCCGUGCUCCCCUCGCGCGAGGCCACGCAGAGAGAGCGGCCGCACGCACUGCAGAGCGCCCACUUUGUUCUUUUACGGUCCCCGUCGCCCGCGGCCCCUCCGCGCUCCCGCCGCCCCCCUGCGCAUCGAUCCGCGCGCGCGGCUCUGUCGAUAAGUUUGCAAGGAGCCAAAGUCAAGUGCGAGCGCGCAGAGCCGGGCCGCGCUCCCGGGGUCCAGCCCGGGUGUUGGCGGCAGCCGUAUCCCCGGCCGCGCGCCCGCCCCCAAGAUGGCGGCCGAGGGGGGACCGCGGGGGGCCCGGGGGCCGAGGCCGGCCAGGGCUGCACGGGCGACCAGGGGGCCGCGCGCAAGACGGCGCCUGGACUGGCGGCGGCUGCAGGUGAGCGGACCAGCCCGCCUUUGUUCGCUGCCGCCUCGAGCGGCCUCUGGGACGCGGGAGCCACCGAGGCGGGAGGAGCGCGGGGGAGCGGGAGGAGCGCGGGGAGCACGGAGAGCGCGCGGGCAACGCGGGGAGCGGGACGCGGCUGCGCAGCCAUCCAGCCGCCGCCGCCUCCUCCACCGGCUGCUGCAGCCAGGACGCUCGGUGCUCCUCCCGGGCCGAUCCCUGCGGUCCCCUUCUCUGUCUGCUCCUCCCUCCGGGCCCCUUGCCCUCCAUCCCAGUCCCGGGGCCCGGAGCCCCAGGCCCGAGCGCGCGCAACUUUGCGCACCUGCCGCGGGGCGGAGCAGUAUUCUCCUACUACACGGAGUACGGCGGUGUUCAGCAGAGCGUGGGGCGUGCGAUCAUGCUUUAAGGAGCUUAAUUCUGUCGCCUCGGAGCUGUCUGCGCCACAGGAGGAAAGCGAGCAUUCUCCUAAACAUUUCAUUGAACUCCGCCGGGAAUUUAAGAAAAAUGUACCAGAGGGAAUCAGAGCGAUGGUAGCCCCAGUGCUGAGGAGCUUCCAAGCUGAGGUGGUGGCUCUCAGUAAGAGAAGUCAGGAGGCAGAGGCGGCAUUCCUGAGUGUUUAUAAACAAUUAGUUGAAGCGCCAGACCCUGUCCCAUCAUUUGAGGUGGCGCGGACUGUAGCCGACAGACUGCAGCGUCCCAGCCUUGACCCCAGUGGGCAGCGUCUACAAGACGUGCACAUCUCGUGGAAGAGGUGCCCAGAGCCACCCCGUGCCAGAGAGCAGAACGAGGGGACGUGUCCCACCGGGCACACGCCAGCCAACGGUAACCACCUGCCAGGUCCCGAGGACACCCUCGUGACAGACACCUUGCUGCAGAAGGAUGAGGCCGAGAGACAGAAGGGCCUCCAAGAAGUUCACGUCACCUUGGCAGCCAGGCUGGGGGAGGCAGAGGAGAAAAUCAAGGUGUUACAUUCAGCGCUAAAGGCCACACAGACAGAGCUGCUGGAGCUGAGGAAGAAAUACGAUGAGGAAGCUGCAUCCAAGGCCGAUGAGGUUGGCUUGAUCAUGACGAACCUGGAGAAGGCCAAUCAGCGAGCAGAGGCUGCCCAGCGGGAGGUGGAAAGCCUUCGGGAGCAGCUGGCAUCGGUCAACAACUCCAUUCGCCUGGCCUGCUGUUCCCCCCAGGGACCCAGUGGGGAGAAGGUGAGCUUCGCCCUGUGCUCAGGGCCCCGGCUGGAGGCAGCACUGGCCUCCAAGGACAGAGAGAUCCUAAGGCUUCUGAAGGAGGCCCAGCAGCUGCGGCACUCCCUGCAGGAGCUGGAGGAGGUCUCAGCCAACCAAAUCGCAGACCUGGAGCGACAGCUAGCGGCCAAGUCGGAGGCCAUAGAGAAACUUCAAGAAAAGCUUGAGGCCCAGGCUGACUAUGAAGAGAUUAAAACAGAGCUGAGCAUCCUGAGAGCUAUGAAGCUGGCCUCCAGCACCUGCAGCCUCCCACAGGCGCUGGCCAAGCCUGAGGAUCCUCUGCUCAUAGCCAAGGAUGCCUUCUUCCCCUCACAGAAGUUCCUCCUGGAAAAGUCUGCGCUGCUGACCAGCUCUGAGGAGGACCCCUCGGAGGAUGACUCUAUCAAAGGCUCACUGGGCACGGAGCCUUCCUACCCUCCUCAGCUUCCGCCUCCACCAGGCCCAGAAGACCCGCUGUCCCCAAGCCCUGCGCAGCCCCUGCUGGGCCCCAGCCUGGGUCCUGAUGGGCCAAGGACUUUCUCGCUGUCCCCCUUCCCCAGCCUGGCAUCGGGGGAAAGGUUAGCUGUGGACCCACUAAUGUCCAAGCAUAUGAUAGGCCCAGCUGCCUUCAAAGGGGAACCCGGCAACCUGAUGGCAUUCCCACCGGCCUUCUAUGGCGGUGCCAAGCCUCCAAUUGCUCCUGCCACCUCAGUGCCCGGCCCUGAGCCCACCGGGGCCCCGGAGCCUGUAGACGGGGCUGGGCCAGAGGAGGAACAGCUAGACACGGCUGAGAUCGCCUUCCAGGUAAAGGAGCAGCUGCUCAAACACAACAUCGGCCAGCGUGUGUUCGGCCACUACGUGCUGGGACUCUCGCAGGGCUCGGUGAGUGAGAUCCUGGCACGGCCCAAGCCGUGGCGUAAGCUCACGGUGAAGGGCAAGGAGCCUUUCAUCAAGAUGAAGCAGUUCCUGUCGGAUGAGCAGAACGUGCUGGCCCUGCGCACCAUCCAGGUGAGGCAGCGAGGCAGCAUCACCCCGAGAAUCCGCACACCUGAGACGGGCUCGGAUGACGCCAUCAAGAGUAUCCUGGAGCAGGCCAAGAAAGAGAUUGAGUCUCAGAAGGGGGGUGAGUCCAAGAACUCCCCAGCCUCCGUGAGCAUCCCCAACGGCACAGCCUCCUCCAGCACCUCGGAAGACGCCAUCAAGAACAUUCUGGAACAAGCCCGCCGCGAGAUGCAAGCCCAGCAGCAGGCCCUGCUGGAGAUGGAGUCGGGUCCCAGGGGCCGCUCAGUGCCUCCCUCUCCUCCGGAGCGGCCCUCACCAGCCACCGUGAGCCAGAAUGGGGCCCUGGCCUGCGUGAAGCAGGAAGAUAGUGGCGGCAGCAGUGCGCAGGCGCCGCUUGCUGUCCUGUCCCCCGCUGCAUUUGUUCAGCGGAUCAUCCGCAAGGUGAAGUCGGAGAUCGGCGAUGCCGGCUACUUUGACCACCACUGGGCAUCAGACCGUGGUCUGCUCAGCCGUCCCUAUGCCUCCGUGUCGCCCUCCCUCUCCUCCUCCUCCGGCUACUCGGGACAGCCCAAUGGGCGAGCCUGGCCCCGUGGGGACGAGGCAACCAUCGCCCCUGAGGACGAAGCAGCCAUGGGCGAGGACGAGGCCCCCAGGGUGGGAGAGCUCAAGGCUGAGGCCGGAGUCCCGGAGGUGGGCAGCGGGCGACUGCCCUACUACCCAGCGUACGUGCCCCGCACACUCAAGCCCACUGUGCCGCCCCUGACACCCGAACAGUAUGAACUGUACAUGUACCGAGAGGUAGACACGCUGGAGCUGACCCGCCAGGUCAAGGAGAAGCUAGCCAAGAACGGCAUCUGCCAGCGCAUCUUUGGGGAGAAGGUCCUGGGACUGUCUCAGGGCAGCGUGAGUGACAUGCUAUCACGGCCAAAGCCAUGGAGCAAGCUGACACAGAAGGGCCGGGAGCCUUUCAUCCGUAUGCAGUUGUGGCUAUCAGACCAGCUGGGCCAGGGCCAGGCCCCAACCCAGCAGCCCAGCGCUAGCCAAGCCAGUCCCAUGGAGCCAGCAUCCUCCCCAUCACCUCCUCCAAGCCCCACGGAGCCUGAAAAGACUUCCCAGGAGCCUCUGGGCCUGUCGCUGGAAAGCAGCAAGGAGAACCAGCAGCCUGAGGGCCGGGCCAGCUCCUCCCUGGGUGGAAAGCCCUUCUCAAGCAGCCAGGCCACGGGGGGCAUCCAGGAGAUGGUGGCCAUGUCCCCAGAGCUGGACACAUACUCCAUCACUAAGAGAGUCAAGGAAGUCCUCACAGACAACAACCUAGGGCAGCGGUUGUUUGGUGAGAGCAUCCUGGGGCUGACACAGGGCUCCGUGUCAGACCUGUUGUCGAGGCCCAAGCCCUGGCACAAGCUGAGCUUGAAGGGAAGGGAGCCCUUCGUGCGGAUGCAGCUGUGGCUCAGUGACCCCCACAACGUGGAAAAGCUGCGAGACAUGAAGAAGCUGGAGAAGAAAGCCUAUCUGAAGCGUCGCUAUGGGCUCAUGAGCACAGGCUCGGACAGCGAGUCACCCGCUGCGCACUCUGAGUGCCCCAGCCCCUGUCUACAGCCACAGGAGCUGAGCCUCAUGCAGGCCAAGAAGCCACGUGUGGUGCUGGCACCUGCCGAGAAGGAGGCUCUGCGGAAGGCCUACCAGCUAGAGCCCUACCCGUCACAGCAGACCAUAGAGCUGCUCUCCUUCCAGCUCAACCUCAAGACGAACACCGUCAUCAACUGGUUUCACAACUACAGGUCCAGGAUGCGCCGUGAGAUGCUGGUGGAGGGAACACAGGAUGACCCAGACUUUGACCCAAGUGGGGGUCCCAGUGUCCUGCCGCCAGGCCACACCCACAUAGGGCCCACCCCACAGAGCCCAGACUCAGAGACUGAGGACCAAAAGCCCCUCAUGAAGAACCUGGAGCUGCAGGAACCCGAGAGUCCCGUACACCGAGCUGCCCCAGACAGGGCUCUGGUGAAGAUCAAGCAGGAAGAGGGUUUGGAGGUGGACGAGGACAGCCAGUCCCAGGACAUAGGGGAUCCAGACAGAGGGCAAGAUGGCCCCAAAGAGGAGCAUACCCACCCUCUGGGGAACAAUGAACUCUCAGAGCUGGUCCCCGGGCCCUUCCUUCCAGGCACACCCAAUCCAGACUGCCCUUCAUUGCACACACCCCAAGAAAAGGAGACUGGGGAACAGGUUCACUCAGAGCCUCUGAGUUUCAAGUCCACCUCCGAAUCCUCAUGCUGCAGCUUGGAGGGGCCACCGAAUUCUCCCUCUGCCAUCUCCUCACCAGACCUCGUGACAUGUGUAUCACCUGCUCCCUCCUCCUCAGCCCCCAUCUCCCCAUCCCUACCUGGUGCCCCACUUGCCAAAGUGCCCAGUACCAGCCCCACUGCUGACACAGCUGCAGCCUUGCACCCCAGCACUAAGGUGAACCCCAACUUGCAGCGGCGGCAUGAGAAAAUGGCCAACUUGAACAGUAUAAUCUACCGACUGGAGAGGGCUGCCAACCGGGAAGAGGCUCUGGAGUGGGAGUUCUGAAGCUGGGGUGGAGGGACACAACCCCAGAGGUCACCUUUCCUCCCUCCCUCUCCCAGAUGUGGUGGGGCCUGAGAGGCAAGAACUCAGCCAUGCAGAUGUGGACAACAAUAUUAAACCAUUUACAUUUAUUGUUGUAUCACUAAUUACCUGAAGUUGUGUGUGAGCAGAUGCCACCACCUUUUUUUUUGACAUCCCUGCUCAUACGAGGCACUGGAAUCCUGCCCUCAUCAUCUCCCUUGUGGGAAAGCAGGACCAAAAAGGUACCACAUUCUCACUCAAAAACUCCAAACUCUUUUAGAAAAAUAAAUAUUUAUAGACCUCUUUCAGCUAUUUUAAUAAAGGAUCCUUUGGAAUUUAUCCCCAGCCGAUGCUGUUUUGAUAUUAAAGAGAGUUAUAAAAUCAGAUGCUGUCACUGCUGUUGUGGAGCAGACACAGAAGCUGUGUCUUUUUUCUUUUUUCUUUUUUCUUUUUUGCCAUGAGAUGAGAUUAAAAGAAGACGAUUGUUCAAAGCCAUCACAAAACACUAAGACGGACCAAAUUCAGAGAACCCUUGGACUUCAGGGUUUGGUUGGGUUUGUUUUUUUUUUUUUUUUUUUUUUCCCCUCACGCCUGUCUGUGAGACACUGCAUGAUACUGGCGUCCUUCCAGAACCUGUGUUACAAAGAGAAAGUCCAACAGACUCUAAAUGAAAACUUGGGCGCUGCUGAGGAUGGGAUUGUGCUGGAGGGCUGUCUGUAGCCACCACGCGUCACAGGACGUCCUGUUGCUGGUGGAAAUGUCGCCCUUAGCGAAUGUGGUGUGUGUCACAAAGGCCUCCACUCCCUGAGUUAGAAGCCUUCUGUCCCAAAUGAGUACAGACAACGUGUUUCCAGAACCUUCGGAAGCUGGGUGUGGGGAGGUGCUCAAAGAGAAAUGCUACUGUCAGAGGGAACCUGGCUCCCAUCCUGAAUUGAGGCUGUGCUUAGAAGUCGUCUCCUAAGACCUGAGCCAGGUACUUCAUUCCAGAGAACCCUGAGGCUUCCAUCUUCCUUCCUUGUUUCCAGAAAGAGCAAGUGUUAGUCCACCAUAGCCCCCAAAGCUUAGCAACUAGCUCCAAAAACUAGACGCAUCCAGUCAGAAACCUCAACUCCGUUUCUCACCGUCUUCUUCCCCAUCGGUGCCAUCCCUGGAAGGUGUCCACAGGUCUGUGGAUGUGGUACGGCCACCAUCACCACUGCAUGGCCACCCUAUCCCUGUCUCUUGGUCUGUUCUCUCUACACACGACCUGCUUGGGAUUGAAGAUAGGACCUCCCCCAGCUCAGAAGCAAUCUUUCUCCAACAUCCUGAUUGCGAUCUCCAGGGACAGAGGUCCUGCUGGACAGAGGUCCGGCCUCAGUGUCUACCGUUGAGUCUCCAGCUUUUAUCUUUCCUUUUUUCCCCAAACUGAGGAAGCUGAAUUGGUGUCUGAUGAUGUAUACGUGGCCAUCUUUGUGGCCCUUGAGGGAAAAAAAACAGCUGCUCCAUGCAGUGACUGUCAUGUGAGCCAAAAGGUUUCCAGAAAGGAAAAAAAAAAUAUAAGGAAUGUUCCAGAACUUCUAACUCUCAUGCACCCAGUCCAGGCUACAGACCGUCAACAUCAAACAGGCCCUGGGAAACCUUGUUUUCCACACAUAACCCUGGCUAUGCAUCGAGAAGUUUUCCACUAUAUGCAUUUUUAUCCAGAGGAGGGUAUUUUUAUAUUUUGACACUAGAAAACCAUGAUGAGUUUUCUGAGGAAUCCAUUCUGGGACAAACGACGCCUGUCUCAGCCUCUGCCGCCACGGGGGGAGACCACGUCUCUUUUCACCUUGAAACUCCACAUUGAGUCAGUGCACGUCACACAGAUGCGGCUUGGGCUGUAGCGUGACAGGACUUGGUGUGACCUUUAAACACAGAAAUCUGGUCGUGCAAAAACCCAUGGAUCUACAAACAGAUUGGUCCAGUCCACACCCUACAAUGGUUUAAAAAGAGAAAACACACACACACAUACACACACACACACACACACAAACUGUUUCUAUGAGAGAUUGAUGAACUUUGUCUAAAAUUUUAAAAAACGGGACACAUUCUGUAAACACGUCUCUAA